UUUUUUCUAACCUUUGUUUUUUAUCAUUUUUAAUUGUGAAUGUUUUUUAAAAACGUGUCAAACAGUGUCAAAGGCACGGAACAGAACACAUUUAAUUAUUUUAUAUCAAAAAUUGGUGAUCUUUUAGAUUAGUAUUUUACGAUGAAAGUGGUUUUAAGUAAUAUAAAUCCACCUCUCGGUGGAUUACUUGUGGCAACUUAUGUUAACAUAAAAACAAACAAGGCCCUAGAUAUAUCUUGGGGAGAAGAGUCUUCGGUGGAAAAUUUCCAUUGCAAAACCAGCAACGAUAUUGCUAGGGCAAUUUCCAGAGGAGUUUUACCAGCACUUUACGGCAACGAUGCAAUAGAAAUGACUGAAGUGGAUCAUUGGCUUACAUUUGCGUUAGGUCCACUCACAGCAAAAUAUGAUUUUUUUAAUGCUAUACAAGUUUUGGAUAGAGCCUUGGCUCCUGUCACUUAUUUAGCCAACAAGAGAUUAAGUAUUGCCGAUUUUAUUGUUUUUGCUACAUUAUAUGCUAGCAAACAGUAUGAAGAUUUGGUUUUGAAAAAAGCUAUCCCAGUCAAUUUACAAAGAUGGUUCAAUUUUAUUAAUUCUCAAGAGGCCGUUGAAAAUGCUUUGAACAGCCUCACUCCUGAGCAGAAGGCAGCUCUUAAUCCACUAAAGAAAAAUAGUAGACAGUCUCUUGAAAAAAGUGUUAAUAUUACAGCUGGUGGAAGAGCUCAAGAAGGGAAAUUUGUUGAACUACCAGGAGCUGAAAUGGGAAAAGUAGUUGUUAGGUUUCCACCUGAAGCUUCAGGGUAUUUACAUAUUGGUCAUGCUAAAGCUGCCCUGUUGAAUCAAUAUUACCAAGAAACUUUUAAAGGCAAACUCAUAAUGAGGUUUGAUGAUACAAAUCCAGCAAAGGAGAACUCUCAUUUUGAAAAAGUUAUUCUUGAGGAUGUUGACAUGCUUGAAAUCAAACCUGACAUGUUUACCCAUACAUCGCAGUAUUUUGAUUUAAUGUUGCAGUAUUGUGAAAAUAUGAUACAGCAGGGUAAAGCCUAUGUUGAUAAUACUGAAGCUGAACUGAUGAAACAACAACGGGAACAAAAGAUAGAAUCUGCAAAUAGAAACAACUCUGUAGAGAAAAACUUACAAAUAUGGGAGCAGAUGAAAAACGGUUCUGAAACUGGACAAAAAUACUGUGUUAGAGCAAAAAUUGAUAUGCAGUCUGUCAAUGGGUGUCUUAGAGAUCCUACAAUAUAUAGGUGCAAGAAUGAACCUCAUCCUAGUACAGGUACCAAGUACAAAGUUUAUCCAACUUAUGACUUUGCUUGCCCAAUUGUCGAUGCAAUUGAAGGAGUGACCCACACAUUAAGAACCAUGGAAUACCACGACAGAGAUGCUCAAUUCUACUGGUUUAUAGAAGCCUUAGGUCUUAGAAAGCCUUACAUUUGGGAGUAUAGUCGCCUAUCAAUGACAAAUACAGUCCUCAGCAAAAGAAAACUGACUUGGUUUGUAGAUCAAGGUUUAGUUGAUGGGUGGGACGAUCCCAGGAUGCCCACUGUUCGUGGCGUCUUACGAAGAGGAAUGACUGUAGAAGGCUUAAAAGAAUUUAUUAUAGCGCAGGGAUCAAGCAAAUCUGUUGUGUUCAUGGAAUGGGAUAAAAUCUGGGCUUUUAACAAGAAAGUUAUCGAUCCAGUGGCGCCUCGUUUUACAGCUGUAGAUGUUGAAAAUGUACUGGUUUUGGUCAAAGGUGUUAAAGAGGAGUGCUUAUCUGUACCAAAACAUCCUAAAAACGCGAGUGUUGGUAAUAAGAAGGUGUGGGUGGGACCUAGGUUGUUGAUAGAUCGCGCCGAUGCGGAUCUUUUAAAGGAAGGAGAAAACGCUACUUUUAUUAAUUGGGGUAAUUUACUGGUUAAAAAGAUCAUGCGUGAAAAUGGCAAGAUAUCGUCUGUAGAAGCUGAACCAAAUUUAGAUAACAAAGACUACAAGAAAACUCCAAAAAUUACUUUCUUGGCACAUACAAAAGAGGCUGAAUUUACUCCAGCCUACUUUGUUUAUUUUGAUCAUAUCAUCAGCAAACCUUUGUUGGCCAAAGACGAAGAUUUUAAACAAUUUGUUGGGCAUGAGACAAGAAAAGAAGUUCAGGUUAUCGGAGACCCUGAACUGAAAAAUCUUAAAAAGGGCGAUAUCAUUCAGAUUCAACGUAAAGGUUUCUUUAAGGUCGAUGUAGCUUAUGAACCUUUAAGCCCUUUUACCUGCCGAGAACAGUCAAUUAUUUUGUUCUAUAUUCCUGAUGGACAUACUAAAGACUCCAUUUUUACUGCAGCUACUCAGUCUACUUCUAUAUCAACUAAGAGUGCGACGAAGGAAUCUAAAGUGCUCUUGCCGUCAUCUUCGAGUGUUUUGAAUGAAAAAAUUACAAAUCAAGGGAAUAUAGUUCGCGAUUUAAAAGCUAAAAAGGCAUCUAAAGGUGAAAUUGAUAGUGCCGUUAAGGUACUGUUAAACUUGAAAGAGGAAUAUAAAAAGGAAACAGGUCAAGAUUGGAAACCCGUAACUACAACAUCAGCACCAGUUAUAGUAAGUGCUCCGUUGAGUGCCGGCAAUGAUUUAGGAGAUAAAGUUCAAGCUCAGGCUGAUAAGGUUAGAAGACUCAAAGGAGAAAAAGCUUCCAAAGCUAUUGUCGAUUCAGAGGUGAAGGUACUGCUCGCUUUGAAGACUGAAUACAAAAAAGUGACAGGCAAAGAUUGGGUGGCAGGUCAAUCAUCUGCUUCGCCUGCAGGGAUCUCUAGUGGCGAUAAGGCUCCUGCUACGUCAGAUGUCAACGUCAUUUUACAGCAGAUCGGGACUCAAGGUGAUAAAGUACGCGAACUAAAAUCGAAAAAAGCUGACAAGGCUACUGUGGAUGCAGAAGUUAAGACAUUGCUUGGCUUAAAAGCGAACUACAAGAGUCUUACUGGACAAGACUGGAAACCAGGUGUUGUAGCAAGCACUCCAGUGAAGGUGGAGCCUAUUUCACCACCUCCUGAUUCACCACCAGCAUUUACUUCGCUAUCGGAAGGUGAUCUACUGGAUCGAGUUGCUAUUCAAGGCGAUAAAGUUCGGCAGUUGAAAACAGCAAAAGCAGAUAAAACUACUGUUGAGGGCGAAGUAAAGAUCCUUCUGCAGCUUAAAGCCGACUUUAAAGCUGCCACUGGUAAAGACUGGAAGCCCGGUAUGAAACCUGAAGACCCCCCAGUACCAUCAACAACCCUGAAUGGCGCUGGAGAUAAUUCCAAAGAUAUCUUGACAGCGAGAGUUAACGAACAAGGAACGAUUGUCAGAGAUUUGAAGAGUAAGAAAGCUAGCAAGGCUGAAAUAGACGCUGCAGUGAAGGUUUUACUGGAUCUCAAAGCCGAAUAUAAGAAACUAGUCGGUGAAGACUUCCCUAUCGCCGGUAGAGCACCUAGCAAACCUAAAGAGCCAGCCCCAGCCAAAGAGAAGGUUUCGAAGCAGAAGCAAGCGACUGGAAAGGAGAAGAAACCGGUAGAUAUAGAUGAGAACAAUGGUGGCCCGAAAAAACAAACCCGUCUAGGCUUGGAAGCAAAAAAAGAAGAAUCGUUAUCGGACUGGUAUUCUCAGGUUAUUACCAAGGGCGAAAUGAUCGAGUACUACGACGUUUCGGGAUGUUACAUCUUCAGGCCGUGGUCUUUCGCAAUUUGGGAAGCUAUAAGAGAUUGGUUUGAUGCAGAAAUAAAAAAACUAGGCGUGCAAAAUUGUUAUUUUCCGAUUUUCGUGUCGAGAAGUGUGUUGGAAAAAGAAAAAACGCACAUUGCUGAUUUCGCACCUGAGGUAGCUUGGGUAACCAAAUCAGGAGACUCAGAUUUGGCCGAGCCUAUCGCAGUUAGACCAACAUCAGAGACAGUAAUGUAUCCGGCCUAUGCAAAAUGGAUACAAUCCUACCGCGAUUUACCCAUUAAACUGAACCAGUGGAACAACGUUGUCAGAUGGGAAUUUAAACAUCCUCAACCUUUUCUACGCACUAGAGAAUUUCUGUGGCAAGAGGGACAUACGGCUUAUGCUUUGAAGGAUGAAGCUGAUGUUGAAGUCAAAAUUAUACUAGACUUGUAUGCUCAAAUCUACGAACAUCUGCUUGCCAUACCCGUCAUUAAAGGUCGCAAAACCGAAAAAGAAAAGUUUGCAGGCGGUGACUACACCCUCACAGUCGAAGCUUUCGUUUCUGCCAGCGGCAGAGGUAUCCAAGGUGGUACCUCCCACCACUUAGGUCAAAAUUUCUCAAAAAUGUUCGAGAUCGUCUACGAGGACCCCGAGACCCAGGACAAGAAAUACGUAUUUCAGAAUUCGUGGGGCCUCACCACCAGGACGAUUGGCGUCAUGAUUAUGGUACACGCUGAUAACCAGGGCCUGGUGCUGCCCCCUAGGGUAGCCAGCGUGCAAGUUGUUAUUGUGCCAUGCGGUAUAACUGCAAAUCUGUCGGAAGAAGUCAAGAAAAAACUGCAGGAAUCUUGCGAUAGCUUGGAGAAGGAUUUAAAAAAAUCUGGAGUUAAAGUUAAGGGAGAUUACAGACAGAAUUAUUCACCUGGAUGGAAGUUCAACCACUGGGAAUUAAAGGGUGUACCUAUAAGGAUUGAGUUAGGACCAAAGGACAUUGAAAAAAAUCAACUCGUUGCGGUACGCCGAGACACCGGAGAAAAACUGACCCUUCCCAGAGCUUCUGCGGCCGAAAAAAUCAACGAACUCCUUAACCAAAUCCAAGAUAAUUUGUUUAAAAAAGCUUCAGAUGACCUAAACAGCCAUAAAAUUCUGCUCACCGACUGGUCGCAGUUCUCCAGCAAUUUGGACAAGAAAAACAUCAUUCUAGCCCCAUUUUGUGGCCAGUCUGAAUGCGAAGACAAAAUCAAAAAUGACAGCGCCAGAGACGAAGAUGCUGAACCAGGGGCACCAUCAAUGGGAGCAAAAUCACUCUGCAUUCCUUUAGAACAACCAGCGGAAAUAAAACCCAAUGAUAAAUGUAUCCAUCCAGCCUGUAAGAAAACUCCAAAAUUCUAUACAUUAUUUGGAAGAAGCUAUUAAAGUAAUGUCUAAUUACAAUUCAACGUUUAAUUUAUUAUAAAGUUUAUAUAUGAAAUAAAAUUCGAGACUUAAGACUUAAC